CCCUCUCAGGCUCGUGUUUUCUGCCAGCCCCAGGUGCUGCUGGCCGCCGGCCAGCGAGCUGUCGGCACUUUUAACAAGGGCCCACGGGCUCUGUCUCUCUUCCCCUGCCAGACGGAGAUCGCCAAGCGGCUCAAUGUGAUCUGUGCCCAGCUCAUCCCAUUCCUGUCUCAGGAGCACCAGCAGCAGGUGGUCCAGGCUGUGGAGCGAGCGAAGCAGGUGACUAUGACCGACCUGAACGCGGCCAUCGGGCACCAGCUCCAGACCCAGCACCUCUCGCACCACGCUCCCCCCAUCCCGCUGACCCCCCACCCCUCUGGAAUGCAGCCCACUAGCCUCGCUGGCAUCAGCAGUGCCUCAGGGCUGCUGGCGCUCUCGGGGGCUCUGGGGGCCCAGGCCCAGCUCCUCGCCAAGGAGGACCGAGGAGUCCAUGACACAGAGCCCAGGGCGACAGACCGAGACCCUGGCCCCAGCUCCCUGGCACUGUCAAACGGGGAGCGCGCACGAGCCAUCGCCGAGUACCUGAGCAGCAGCAAGAAGAGGAAGGUGGAGGAGAAGGACUUUGUUACAGACUAUGGCAGCGAUGCAGACAAAAGUGAAGACAACUUGGUGGUGGAUGAGGACCCCUCUUCCCCGCACAGCGUCCACUCCUACUCAUCCCGAGAGAACGGGGUGGAGAAGGUCCCGCUGGGCAGGAAGGAGGCCGUGCCCCUCAGUCCGACCUCCAUGGCCUCCUCCAGCAGCACGUCCCCAUCUCGGAGCAAGGAUGCGCCCACGGUGGAGAAGGCAGGGACGCCCAGCCUGAAGUCCAGCACCCCCACAUCCCAGGGUGACACCCUGCCAGGCUCCAGCAGUGCCCAGCAGUUCCGCCCCACCGCUGCCAAGGUCCCCGUGGACCCCCUGGCCCUGGGCCUGAGGAAUCCUCUGGGAGUGCAGAGCCCCUACUCGGCCGCCUUCGGCUUGGCCCACCCUGCGGUCAACGGGGACGUGGCCGGGACUGGUGCCUACGCCGGCCUCCACCUCAUGUCCCCGCAGCUCAACGGGGCUGCGGCCGCCGUGGGAGCCGGUGGCUACGGGCGCUCGCCCCUGGUGGGCUACGACCCGCACCCCCACAUGCGCGUCCCAGGGCUGGUGACCGGCAUGCAAGUGGGGACCUCGGGGAAGCCUGCCUACUCCUUCCACGUCAGCGCCGACGGGCAGAUGCAGCCGGUGCCUUUCCCCCCCGACGCCCUCAUCGGCUCCGGCAUCCCCCGGCAUGCGCGGCAGCUGCACACCCUGAGCCACGGCGAGGUGGUCUGUGCCGUCACCAUCAGCAACUCCACACGACACGUCUACACCGGGGGCAAGGGCUGUGUCAAGGUGUGGGACGUGGGGCAGCCGGGCACCAAGACGGCCGUGGUUCAG